AAUGUCAGUUCAAUGACGGUGAAGGAAAUAGGAUCUGAGAAGUUAAUAAGGGGAUUAUUGUGGAAUGUGCUCUGCGCUCUCUUCUCGCUCAAUGGAACCAGAGUUGGGAUUUUUCACAUUCGGCAAGAAAGGCAAUGAACGAAUAUUUUUUUUUAUAUACAGCUGGAUGUACGGCUAUAGCCGACUUCGGUUCACGCGGGAAUUCAAAUCCUCGACAGCUGUGUAAGUCGGUUCAGUUUGUUUUCAUCUGAGCCGUUCAUCUUAGUAACCGAUGAUCUGGUCCGGAUAAGGUAAGGUGCGUCAGCUCUUGCAUUGCGGGACAGCAUAUUCCGACGUAUGGUGUUAUAAAGUUAUAAUUCACGGUAACUUCACAGGAAGAAGCAGAUCAAAGCGCCUGACGGACCUAUUUUCAAAUGUUUCCAGUAAUUAUAAUAGAUUGAAGAUAUACGUGGAUAAAAAAAAUAUACGACAAGAUGCAUUUAGUCGUCGCUCCUGCGGAUGUGCUCGACCAGAGCGUGCACUGGUUUGGUUCACUUUCUCGACCUUCCGCCACUGCGAUCUCGUCUUCCACCUCCUUCUUUCCUGUGUCUCCUUUGAUUUCUUUAUUGCCUUCUUCUAACCAGGCCAUUGACUUCCUCUUCUCUGAUUUCCCCGUUGUCGCCUAUACUCCCUUUCUUCUUGACGCCGUGCCUCUGCUUCCGCUUAUCCCUCUCCCGGAGUAGUAGAGUAGAGCCAAUCGCCCGCAUUAGAACAUUCACCUUGGCGGUAAGGUCACCUAUCUGAGCCUGCAGGGCCUCCACCGUCCCCCGUGUGUCCUCAUCAAGGGCCUCCACAGUAGUAGCCAACGUCCGGUGAUCGCUUGAACAUGAAUCUCUUCUUUCCCCAAGCUGUGCCACUUCUGCCACCGCGCCGCUCAGCUGCGACGCUUGCGCCUCCUUGUCCUCUAUCUGCUCCUUUUGGUUUUCUCGCGCUGUUGUGUUGUCCCGUUGUAGAGGCACUAGUUCCCUUCGUCAUCCUGCAAGAUGUUUUCAACCCUGCUCACGGUUCGAUAACUCGCUCUGAAACCACUUUGUAACGGACAAAGAGUUUUGACAGCUAGCCCGUGCGGCACCCGCGCGCCCUCCUGCAACACAACGAGUCAGCCUUACGCAACACCAGGGUUUCUCACAACGCACCACACCCACGCACCCCGGCAGGUCGAGUUUUUUUUUGGCCUGCACCAGAAAGCAUUUUUCUUCUUCGAUAGGCGGAGCUUCAUCGAGCAAGAAAUGCAUUAUUGGUCGACUGAAGAUGGGUGCCUCGAUUCAAUAAAACAAAGGACAAGGGGGUUGUGGCCACUUUUGACCCCUCCUGCAGCUGAUGCGUCUAGUUGACUAUCCUCCGAUUCCCGCCUAACAAGGUUCAAAUUUUGUUAGUUUGAGAUGAUUUAUUGAGCAACAGAUGUCCGGAUUGGCUAGGAGGCUUACCGACCUCUCCUCUAACACUGACUUGAACUACGGCCUCAAAAUAGAUAGCAAUGACCAAUCAAUAUGUCCCGGCCUGCUGAUUGGUCCACCCCACAACAUUAGGCACCAGCCAUUUCAUAGCUAUUUGUUCGUAGUAAGCCAUCCAAUUCAUCUGGAACAGGCAUUGACUCUCGAAAGUCCUGUUUCCCCCGUUUAAGGCAGGUCAGGGAGAAUGAAAUGCUCUCCUCCUUUCUUGCUUGCUUCCUAUAAAGAGCCGGAAACAGAUCCCUUGCUUAGCAAGUUCUUUUCCUACGAUCAGCUCGACCACCGUUGCCUUGACUCUGUUAGGGGCGCAGUAGUUUGAUUGCUUAGCACGCGCAUCCGUUUUCUUGCUUGCGCGGUAGCGCAGUAGUUUGAUUGCUGGGCCCGUUCUUUCUAAUUCAACAAACAAAAGAGGGGCGAAGCGCCCGUUUGAAGUGGCGAAGGUUAGACCUGAGAAAGUACGAAAGAAAGUACGCCCACGGAGCGGUUACGAAGUCACUUAGUCUUUCUAUAAAGAAAGGGAGGCCCACGGAGCGGUUACGAAGUAAGGUCAGCUGGUUAAGGAAAGCUCAGGUUAUGAAAUCGCUUAGCCGUUAAUUCAUUUUUUAAGUAGUAGUGAGGCGUCGGUACGGAGUUGCGUCAGCUGUGGAUAUAGACUAGGCUAAGGGACGGACUUCAUCUCUUCUAUUCUCUUCACUUACACCUUACACUUCCGCUGAGUCUAACGAGGCUCAGGUGCGGAGCCUUCCACUGUGGACCGAGACUACGCAAAGGUAGAACACCAGCAAGAUACGGCCAAAAAGCCGCGUCAGCGCUCAAGCAUGCGAAGAAAGCCCCAACUCUAAACCUUUUAAGGGCUAACGCGCGCCCCCCCUAUGAGUAAGUAAUAGUAAGGCCUUUUCUUUGUGAUCGUAGACCACCCUCCGUGUGCCCUUUAUUAGUAAGGGGCAAGCACUUGGGCGGAGUAAAGCUGAUCGUAGAGCACCGUUGCGCUAACGCGCGCGCUGUAGUUUUUCAGCUAGGGUAGGGGAGACAAGGUUACGCGCUGGGUAGCGCAGCGCAUCUGUUUCGGGUACAGAGGCGACGAGGGGUGCUAAACCGGCCACCCAACCCAGCAGGGCAGGGGCGGGCCGGCCAUAGGUUCGAAUCCUGCCACCUUUCUUGUGGAUCAUCCUGUGGUUACCGGAUGAUGGGAAUAACAAAGCAGAAAUUUUUAAAUGAGCACGAAAUGUCAAUAAAUGAAUUGUCUCAUUAUUCGUUAUUUCCGGGUCUUUUCGUUGCAUUCACUUACAACAAGAAACAACCACUAGCGUUUGGUGCAGCACCUGCAUUUUGGUGCAUUCUUCUUCCUUUCCUUGGUCUUUCGUUCCGUCAUAUUCCUAAUAACUUAUCCAAUUACAACGUAUUAACCGCUAAUGCACCUUUCUUUUAUCAAAUCUCAGGGACAUGGUCUAAUCAUGAGGGUAGUAUUUUAUCAUGGUGUCGGAUCCCAAGUUUUUAUGGAUUCCUUCUUCGUUACCGGGGUCGACCCCAAAGCCAUAAUGUCUCAAAACGAGGAGGCCAUAGAGAAACUCUUUUUUGUUCCUUUGUCUCGAACUUCGUGAAGAACUCCAUUCUAUCUCUCCCUCGUUACGAACAAAAAAGUGGGGCUGCGCCCCAGUUGUACACUCCCUUCGUUCUACGAACCCUUGUUGAUUCUGAACUUCGUUCGCGAAGGAACCGGACUUUUGACGGGCCAGCCCUUUUUUAUGCGCCGCUUUACCCUGGAAGGAAAAUGAGCUUUGCUCCUCUGGGCGCUAGGCGCUCCCGUGGUUCGCGAGAAGGAAAAAGGACUCAUCUUUUGUUGCAUCUGGCACGAGAUGAAAAAGAGAGAGCUUCGUCUAUCGAUGAACAGCGGAUUGACGGAGCUCUUGGCAUUGCUUUGUUUUUCUCUCCUUUCCUAUCAGCGAGUUCCGAUCCUUUUGUUCGAAAUUUCUUCGUUCGUACCGAACCGUUUGCAGAAUCAAAUCCUGUUCCACAAGAUCCUAUAUCAGCUAUACAUCCUCCUCGCAUUUAUGCCGGAGACGUCGCCAGUGCUAUGGGCUUUGGCUUAUGUAGAUCAAAAAUGAUGAAUGGGAUUGUGGCACUCCACUCGCCGCCAAUGCGGAAGGAUGCCGCCGAAAAGAAUGGAACGCUGCUUCGCUCUGCUGGAUGCGUCGGAUCCCGUAUAACAAGCGAGCUCUUUACCCUCAAAUUCAAACAUGUGGGCGCAAAAUGCUAUCCUGCUCUAUUGUUGCGUAGCAAUAGAAGCCUGCUCAUGCUGCUUCGGCGGCGCUUUUUCGCCUUCUCUUCGCUCUGGACAGGAGCGCUAAUGGACACGGGGAGGGAGCAGGCGAAGCGUGUCAAAGGAGUACGAGCUUGCCAUCCUUUGAGAAUAUAGUUGUGUGGAUUUCCUUUAUUGCUGGAAUAUCAAAAUCAUAUCUCUUUCACACUUUAUCGCACUCCUACUUCGUGAUUCUGUCUGAAAAUGAGGUCACAGGUCCUAUUUAUAGGCGAUCAGCGACCCACCAACAACCUUAGCCAUCAAUCACAAGUCACCACGUGUCAAUAAAACACUGGUUAAUGACUAAGUGGAAGUGCGGGGCGAUCAAUCCAUAUGACAGCUGUCCCCCCCUCAUCUGAGCAGAAUCUGUUACAUAAAAAACUCAUACACGUGGAAAGGAAUCAAACAAAAUCAAACAAAUACAAACCCACAAGCAUCAACCUCUUUCUCGUGCCUAUUGACGGUUAUCUUCUGGUGGCGACAAUAAAUGACUCACUCACGACUUUCAUUACAAAUCACAUUCCUUUUAAAUACUACAGGAAAUCUCUCUUUCGAAUAAGCCUUGUCGGCAGGCAUGAACUAGUUAGGUGUCGACCAGCACCCCCUACACUCUCUCUUAGGCUUCUCGCUCGGUAUAGCUGUCGACUCGACUAGUAUAUAAGCGAACACAUCCUUUCGGCCUAUAUAAGUGCGUCUCCAAUCGGUACUAGAGGGAUCAAAUGGGGGCUUUCUAUCAUUCAGUCAAAAAACUUCUAUCUAACAUCGCGAAUCGGUCCCUCUCAGGGGAAAAGCUAUCUAUCAAUGGGCAGACGCUGCCUCCGUGUGUAUUGCGUGUUUGCUCCAAUCCGGGUCAACGAAGCCCGUGCGGGCUCCCUUUCCUGCCGCCGAAAGAACCUGUGCCUUUGCCGCUGGUGCUAUUUCAAUGGAUUAUGGCUAAAUGUUCACUAUUGUCUCUCAAAUAGGAAGGGAUUCCGGGAUUAUGAAGUUCUAACGGGAUUUGCCUUUGCUUGUGUCUCCACCUGUGCCUAUGCCAGUGAUGGCUUUCGAAAUGAUGGGUCUACUGCGUAGGGAUCCGUAUCAGGUCGGGAUGCCGCUGUUAGUGUGGUACCUCUAGGGCUGGCUGCUCUCGACCCCGGUAAACGAAUGCUCUUCGAA